AUCCACCGUCAGCUGAAGCCUGGGAAGAUAAAAAAAAGUUUAUAAAAGUUUAAUACUUCCAUGUUUUCGUACGAGUAAAGCUGGGUUUUGGGACCAGAAUGGAAGGCAAAGUUAUCGGACCGGGUCCGUACCGAGCAACGAAGCUGUGGAAUGAAACCAUCAAACUCUUCAGAGGAGGCAUGCCGCUGAGAAGGCACUGGGCCCACUUCCGCUGCUAUGAUUGCAGUUUCACAGGAUCAGAGGCUGUAGAUUAUCUGCAUGACCUGCUGAGGCGUAACUAUAACUUUGGACCUGAGGUGACUCGUUACCAGACUCUGCAGCUGCUUAAGAAGUUUCUCAAGGCUCAUGUCAUCGAAGACAUAAAGGGACGUCAUGGGACAGAGGACUUUGAAGACAACGGUCAACUGUACAGGUUCCCCACACUUUCUCCUUUGAAAUCUUUUCCAACAAGGCCUUUGUUGAAGGACAGCAGUGACUUGCCCAGACUCAUUCGCUGGGAUGACUAUGAAGAAUUGCCUCAGCGGGAAAAUAUCGCACCUCUGAAGUCUGCUGUCUUGAGCUCAGAUCUGUGGAACAAAAGGCAUAGUGUAGCCAUUGGGGAUGUGCAUGAAUGUAAGCUCAUACGGAGGAAAGAAAUCACACCAAAACAAGUGGACAACAUCUGGAAAUCAAUGACAGUUGCACAUUUACAGAGAGUGUUGGGCCUGAAGUCAAUGGAUGGAGUUUUAAACCCAGCGCAUGUGAAUGGCAAGCACAUUGUUCAUAACGUGUUUAAGGUCAACAAGACGGGCAUUGUCGUAUUGGAGAAUAAAGCAGAGGACAUGCCGUACUGGGUGAUAUCAGCAAUGAAAUGCCUUGCUAAUUGGCCAAACGGCAAUGAAACCAAACAGCCAGUGUACCCUGGUUUCGAGAGAGAUGUGCUGAAAACAGUGGGGGAUUACUUUCAGAGACUCAAGGAACCCCUGCUGACUUUCCAUCUAUAUGAAGUCUUUGUCAACAUCCUCAGUCUGCUGCACGAGCAGGAGGUGGCCACGGAGGCUCUUCAAGUCAGCAGUCUUUUACUGCCCCCGCCCAACCGCAGACGACUGCAGCUUUUACUGCGUCUCAUGGCUCGAGUCUGCCAGAACCCCCAGCUGCCUCCUCUUAAUGACACAAUCGCUACCCGCACACUGAUGGUGCAGAUGUUCUCUCACUGCGUCCUGGGCUCAGGGGAUGACAUGGACCUGGACGAGCUGCUCGCCACAAAACUGGUGACUUUCAUGAUGGAGCAUCACAACACUAUCUUCCAGGUUCCCUUUAAGCUGCGUCACCAGGUUGAGGAGCACCUGUCCCACCUCAAAAGAGUUCAAAUCAAAUACGCAGGCUCAGAUACAGACUUCAGUGCAUCUCCAGCCUUUUGCAAACAGAUCAGCAGGGUGGAGUCUGAGGAGCACAAGGUGAUAGGAACACAGACCCCUCUGCAGGAACUGCUCGAAGGCCUGAUUGCAGACAAAGAACUGCCGGCCAAGGACAAGAAGAAAAGACUCAAACAGUUUCAGAGGUCAUACCCAGAAAUCUUCCACAAUCGAUUUCCAACUGAGGAAAGCAAAGCUGCUGUCAUACCUGAGAAAACGCCUCGGCUCAAACCUCAUCUUAUGUUCUUCAACCUCAAGAAACCCUUCCAGCCCUUUCAGAGGAGCUGGAGUUUCAGGGCCUAAUCUGCCUUUCUUGUGGCACUUCUGCACUAUGGGCUGUAUGUACAACUCAACACAAGCAUUAAGGGACAAGGAGCACUGUAGCUGUAAUGGUACGGGGACACAUAUGCUCAUACAAUGUUUACCACUACAACUUAUGUUAGAAAUAAACUGUACUUUGUAGCACUGUUGAAUAAGUUUAUGAUAAAAGGGUCAUGUAACUCAGAUUAUACUGUUAAUGAUAAAAGUACAUGCCAAGUGACUCUUGGUGGUGUCUAACUAGAUUGAUAGGAUUGGUGACUAAUUCAAACCUUUGACUAAAAUUCAAAGCAUAAUUGUAGAUGUCUGAAAUGACCCUUUAAAAUAUUUACUUAAAGUAUUGAUAGAAAACUUGAACAAAGAGGAGACAUCUUAAAUCCACUUGCACUGAUAGAACCACUGAUAUUACGUCUCAUAAUAAUUAUUUACCCAUCUUCCUAGUCAAUACUGUAUUAUGUAAAGAAUCAUAACCAUACGGGACAGGUUACUGACAUAGAACUAGUUUCUAUGAAAUGCAUUUCAAAAGUAUUAAUAGACUAUUAGAUGUUAGAUGUAAAUAACUGUAAAAUUAACAUUGUUCAAUCAUUGAUGCAUAAUUUUGUAUGGUGAGAAAUAUUAAGACACAUUUCUUAUUAUCGCAGGCCUUCAAAAAGAUUAUGUAAUUUCAUGAGCUGUUGCAUUUCAUUUCCAAAAUUGCAUUUUCAUGUGGAAUUAGUCAUUAUGAAACUGACCAUGGGCAAAUCCUAGCCAAACCUUUAAAAUGUAAAUGAACAUAUCAAGGGUCUGCUGAGAAAGGGAAUGUGACUUGUUACUGAAAUGAAAAGCUCUUCAUGAGCAACAACCUACAAAUAAAAUCACAACAAAAGAGGGAAAAUCUACUCUGCCAGGAUGAAAUUUGUAAUGUAAAAGGGAAAGACUGUCACGUCACAUCUCUCUGAACUUUCCCUACACCUUACUUGAAAGGUCCUUUUGUACAUGCACUCUUAAAACAACUCAUUUCAUGUUUGAUGUGAUUGUUUUAUCUGUAUAUAAGAACUAUUUUUCUUGAUUGGUACAUAUUUCAAUGUCUGAGAUACUCUUUUAAUGUUUCAGUGUCUGUCAUCAUUUUCUCUUACCUGCUGCUCUUUCAUGUCAAUCAGGUUGUUUUUCACUUAAUUUGAAACUUUUAUUUUUUUAGUGAUCAAAUGCUGGUAUCUCUGUUUAACUUAGAAAUGCUCUUAAACAAACAAUGCUGGAAUUACUGUUGCACUUGAAUUGCUGCUCUUA